UCCUACUCCUCCAGCAUCCAGCAGAUACAGAGCAGGUCCUUGUCGGGCACUUUGUAGUAAGGACUAUCCCCUCCAGCUGACCCAGUUGUCUCCUCUUCCCCUGAAUGAUCCCUCAAGGAUGGACAAGGACAGGAAUGAGAUGACUAAGAGAAUAUUACACUUCACUUUGGAGAUCCUCCACCUGCUGACCGGAGAGGAUUACACCAUAGUGAAGAAGACAUGGGGGGAGUGUGUGGCCCCCAGAAGCCAUCUCCAUGAGUCAGGAGGACAGAGCAGGGCCCAAGGCCCCAUCAUGGAGCCUCCACCUCUCUCACUGAUACAUGAGGAGAAGAUCCUAGAACUCACCCACAUGAUCACUGAACUGCUGAAUGGAGAGGUUCCUAUAAGGUGUCAGGAUGUGGCGGUCUAUUUCUCCAUGGAGGAGUGGGAGUAUGUAGAAGGACACAAGGAUCUGUACCAGGACAUAGUCAUGAUGGAGGAUCACCGGCCCCUCACAUCACAAGAUGAAGUCAUUGAUAGAAAUCCACCUGAAAGGUGUCCCCGCCCUCUGUAUUCCCAGGACUGUCCAGAGGGAAAUGUCCCAGAGAAGCAUCAGGGGGGAGAUCUGAUCAUUAUUAAAGUGGAGGAUGAAGAAGACUGGAUGAGGGAAGUGGAGGAGGGAUUUCCAGGAGAUGUUACCACAGAAAAUCCCAGUAAGAAUUCUGAGGGAAACUUCAUGUUAUCCCUGAAUGAUAAAGGAGAAGAUGAAGAUAUGAUGGAGCGCUCCUCAGGAGAAGACCUCCUUACCCCUAAUGUCCAUCCAGAUCUAUCCUAUAAUAAUCCACCUUAUGAUGAGGAACCUUCUCUUGACCAACAACACAUUCUUACCACCAGGACAGAUCCAAAAAAUGCUGAAGGUUUAUAUUGUGAGGAAUGUGGAAAACAAUUUACCAAAAUAUCAGCUCUUCUUGCUCACAGGAAAAGUCACACUAAAAAGAUGUAUGUAUGUUCAGAAUGUGGGCAUCACUGUAUAAAACUUUCCCAUCUUAUUAUACAUGAGAGAAUUCACAAAGGAGAGAAGCCAUAUUCAUGUUCAGAAUGUGGAAAAUGCUAUACACGUAGGUCAGAUCUUGUUUUACAUGAAAGAACUCACACAGGAGAGAAGCCAUAUUCAUGUUUAGAAUGUGGGAAAUGCUUUACACGUAGAUCAGAUCUGGUUUUACAUGCGAGAAGACACACAGGAGAGAAGCCAUAUUCAUGUUCAGAAUGUGGUAAAUGUUUUCUACUGAAAUCACAUCUUGUUAAACAUGGGAGGACACACACAGGAGAGAAGCCAUAUUCAUGUUCAGAAUGUGGGAAAUGUUUCACAACUAAAUCAGAUGUUGUUAGACAUAAGACAAGUCACACAGGAGUAAGGCCAUAUUCAUGCUCUGAAUGUGGGAAAUGUUUUAAAAGUAAAUCAAAUCUUGUUGCACAUGAGAGAAUUCACACGGGAGAGAGGCCAUAUUCAUGUUCAGAAUGUGGAAAAUGUUUUACACAGAAAUCACAACUUUCUGGACAUGAGAAAAGUCACACAGGAGACAAAUGCGAUAUCUUAAAAAUAUAAUAAUAUGUAGAAUGGAAAUCUGAGAUCUCAGGUAACAGUAAAAUGUGAUGUUUCUAACUUCUGUUGUGAGAAUUAACCCUCGAAUAAACUUUAUAAUGAAACCUAAGCAGAAGCUAAAGCCAACAUCAUCUCUUGGUGAUCAGCACCUGGGGUCAUGUGACCUUUGUAGGUAAAUAACGGUAAUGAGAAGUAAUAUGUAAUGCUAUUGUGUAUCAUUUAGUAGUGACUUGUAGCUCUACACUACAGUAUGAUUGGAUGAUUUCUAUGGAUGAUAAUGAUUGGU